GGUAAGGCUUCAUUGGUCUUUCACUCUGCACUAAAGGGCAAAUUGCCUGUGUGUUAACACUUACUUCGGGGUGAAACUUUUCCACGAACGUCCUCCGGUUUGCUUGUUGUCCAGAAAAGCUUAAAGACUCACGCAGCCCAGCCAGGAGACGCCAAAUUGUCGUGAACAUUAGCUAACACUCGCAGACUCGUCCUCUGAAGCAUUGUUCAUCUGGAUUCAGUGAACUGAAUAAAAUGGGAGGGUCUGCAUCUACACCUCAACGACCUCAAACACCUCCACCGGCUCCAGAAUUUGAUAAGACAUGGAGGAUAAUGCCUUGGGGGUGCAAAUGCUUAUUGGAGGAAAAACUGAGGAACUUUGAGCUCUGCAGUUCUGAUGUUAAGUUUGUCAGGAUUCUGGUUGUUGGUGAAGUUGGAGCAGGAAAGUCCAGCUUCAUUAAUGCAGUAAAUAACGCUUUCCAAGAGCAGAUCACCUGUGGAGCUCUUGUUGAUGGAAGAUCUGGAACCAGUUUCACAAAAAUUUACAAAACCCAUCAUAUCAAGGGGAAGGACGGCUCCUGUUUACCUUUUGUGUUCAAUGACGUCAUGGGACUUGAAUCUGCCGAUGGACAAGGCGUACAUGUACAGGACAUCAUCACAGCCUUAAAGGGGUUUCUUGAGGAAGGAUAUAAAUUUAAUCCUGUUACUCCCGCGUCUGAGAAUGACUACAACUACAACAAAAACCCCAAAACUUCUGAUAAACCCUUCUGCCUGGUCAACAUUAUACCUGCAAACAGAGUGUCACUCAUGUACCAAAAGCUUAUUAAAAAGAUGAAAGAGAUCCGUGAGGUGGCUUCAGAGUAUAAUUUGCCUCAAGUUAUCAUCAUGACAAAAGUGGAUGAAGUCUGCCCUCUGGUUAAAGAUGACCUAAGAAAGGUCUACACCAGCAAGAAGAUCAAAGAAAAGAUGCAGGAGUGUAGUAAUCUGCUGGGUAUUCCACUGAGCCACAUCUUCCCUGUGAAGAACUACCACGAGGAGGUGGAUACGAACGAUGACAUGGAUGUUCUGAUCCUCAAGGCGCUCGAUCAGAUCGUGAAUCUCGCCAACGAUGCUCUGGAAGACCAAAACCCUAGUGAGAAAUCUGAGUGAAGGCUUUUUUUUUGUUCUUUUCCACCCCUACACCAGUGCAGAGUAUUUAGGACAGUGAAAAAGCAUGAAAUUGUGUCUAAAGUACAUUAUUAAAGUAAAGCUAAUUUCUUCUACUGUAAUCAUAACUGGUUUGUGUUUCUGUCGCUGUCACGUUCCUACUGCACUCUGGACUUUUUAUAUUCCAUUAAAUUAAUAAAUAUAA